AUGUGCGGAUUCCAGCCCCCAUACGAGACCUCUAACUUUCUCAUGAAUAGAUUGAUUGAAAAUGGUGGACUGGAUAUGGCUCUGGCCAUUUACAAGCGGUUGAAGAAUUUGGGUUUGAGCCCCAAUGACUACACCUGUGCCUGUGAUCAAUGGACACCUAGUAGUAGUAGUAGUAGUAGUAGUGAUGGGAUCUUGCUAUUCCAUCAUGGGGGAGAAAAAGAUAUUGAUGACGACCCCCCAUCCUUAUCAUCAUCGAUCACUACAACGUCUCAUCCUCGGAAGAAGAAAUCAUCCUCAGCUACUAAUGCUAAUGCCGAUCCAAGUGUGCUCCUCCACAUUCCUGGCAGGAUCUCCACCAAUGGUGCCACCAAAAUCGGUUGCUUAUAUACCCAGCAGGGCAAGAAAGGCUCCAAUCAAGACGCCAUGCUCUUUUGGGAGAAUUUCAGCUCAUCAAGUGAUACCGUUUUCUGUGGGGUGUUUGAUGGUCAUGGUCCUUAUGGUCAUUUGGUCGCCAAGAAAGUUCGCGACUCCCUUCCACUCAUACUAUCUACCCACUGGAAUCCUGCUCAACCGAGCUGCUUUUCUAACACUUCAAAUGAUCCACCUGCAGCAGCUACAAAUUCUGACGAAGCCGCUACCUUAAGUAUGGAUGAUGAAUCUUAUGAUUCUUUGGAGGUUGACGAAACUGAAAAACUUCCAGAUAUGUAUCUUCCACUUAAAAAGUCUAUAUUGAAGGCUUUUAAAUUAAUGGAUAAGGAGUUGAAGUUGCAUCCAACAAUCGAUUGUUUUUGCAGUGGGACGACUGCUGUUACUUUGAUAAAGCAGGGUCAGGAUCUUGUAAUUGGAAAUGUUGGCGACUCCAGGGCAGUUCUGGCAACCAGAGACAAAGAUGACUCUUUGCUUGCCGUUCAAUUGACAGUUGACUUGAAGCCUGAUUUACCAAGGGAAGCUGCCAGGAUCCAUCAAUGUAAAGGAAGGGUCUUUGCAUUGCAGGACGAGCCAGAGGUUCCACGCGUAUGGUUGCCUAAUAAUGACUCACCUGGUCUGGCAAUGGCUAGAGCUUUUGGGGACUUCUGCUUGAAGGACUUUGGUUUAAUUUCUGUUCCAGAUGUUUAUUAUCGCUGCCUCACCGAUAGAGAUGAAUUUGUUAUUCUUGCCACAGAUGGGGUUUGGGAUGUCCUCUCAAAUAAGGAAGCAGUUGAUAUUGUUGCUUCAGCCCCUGGCCGUGCAACAGCAGCCAGAGCUCUUGUAGACUGUGCUGUCCGAGCAUGGAGACUUAAAUAUCCAACAUCUAAGAAUGAUGAUUGUGCUGUUGUAUGCCUCUUUCUUGAACAUCUAUGUGCAGCAAAUGGAGAGGUAGAAGAGCAGGAUAUGAAAAAGAUUACCAAGGAGCCAGGGGAGCAUUUAAUGACUGGUGAGAACACUGGGCAUUUACAAACACUCGAGGAUCCUCGUGGUCCUGUUUUUAUGCAUUCGGGUACCACACGAAACUCUGACGAGAUUGUACCUGUCUCUGAGUUGACGGUGGAAAAUCCUUAUGUGAAGUGUGAGGGCCGGUCCAAGAGGAGCCUGGCAGAGUGCAUUUCAACUGCAGAGGAUGAGGAGUGGUCAGCCCUAGAAGGCUCAUUUCUGGUGACAAAAGAUCAGUUAGUUGGAGAAAAUGGAUAUGAGAAAUCUUAA